CCUGGACUGCGGCAGGCCGCUCCUGUGAUGGCCGAAGAGCUGGAGGAACACAAUCAGAAUUGGCUGACUGGCUGGAUUCCAUCGUGGUGCCCAACAUCCAUGUCCAAACUAAAGGCUGUUGAGUCAAGGAUCCUUCAGUGUAUCAAGAACAAAUUUUCUGCUCAGUAUGUAUCACUUCCUGACCAAAACAAGAUAUGGACACUGACGGUGAGCCCUGAGCUUCAGAAGAAGACCCCUCUGGUUAUGGUCCAUGGCUUUGGAGGAGGUAUAGGGUUGUGGAUCCAGAAUUUAGACCACUUGAGUUCUAGUCGGACUUUACAUGCCUUUGACUUGCUGGGAUUUGGACGUAGCUCCCGUCCAAACUUUCCUAGCGAUCCGGAAGGAGCAGAGGAACAGUUUGUGUCAUCCAUCGAGCAAUGGAGAGAGCAAAUGGGAAUUAGGAAUAUGAUUCUCCUAGGGCACAGUUUGGGAGGAUUUCUGGCUGCCUCUUAUUCCAUCAAAUUCCCAGAGAGAGUAAAACACCUCAUUCUUGUGGAUCCAUGGGGUUUCCCCACUAUGCCAACAGACCCCAGUGAAAUCCGUUCACCUCCAACAUGGGUAAAGGCUCUGGCUGCUGUGCUUGGACGCUCUAACCCUUUGGCAGUUGUAAGGGCAGCUGGACCAUGGGGUCCAGGGUUGGUACAGAGGUUCCGUCCAGACUUAAAAAGAAAAUUUCAAGAGUACUUCGAAGAUGAUACCAUUAUGGAAUAUAUCUACCACUGCAAUGCCCAAACACCCAGUGGCGAGAGUGCUUUCAAGACCAUGAUGGAGAGGUUUGGCUGGGCCAAACGUCCCAUGAUGUCCAGAAUUAAUCAGAUCCCUAAGGACCUUCCAAUAACAUUCAUUUACGGAGCAGAGACUUGGAUUGACAGAAGCACUGGAGAGAGGGUCAAAGAGGAACGGUCAGACUCCUUUGUGAAGACAUUGGCAAUCAAAGGAGCCUCCCAUCAUGUGUAUGCCGAUCAGCCAGGUACCUUCAAUGCUGUUGUAGAAGAGAUUUGUGAUGCAGCUGACUGAGAUCGCCUUCCAGAAAAUUGAAGAAGGGCGUUGGCUUGAUCUUUGCAACGUACAAAAGAGCAUAGAUAUUAAGAGCCCUUUUUUGAAAAGGGCAGUUUGAUAGCUAGGUUUCAUCUUUUGGUUGCACAUUGAAAAAGUAAAUUAUAUUGGUCAAAUUUAGCUGAUGAUUCUUACCAUGUAUCAUAUAUCGAAUUCCUCUGUGCCAUAAAGGUCCUCAGUGCUGGUCAUCCUUUUCCCAUAAGAACCAUGCACAAUCAUAUUGUUCAUUUAUUCAUUUUCUCACACAGUAAGGAAAAGUCUCUAUCAAGCAUAAUAAUUAUUAGCAUUAAGUGCCUAAAUAUUUUAACCGACCUUCCAGGAAUCGUCUUUGCUUAGAGAUAUACAUGACUGAAGGGGUUGAUAUGUUGGGCACAAAAUCUUUUUCUGAUCAAGCAGUCUUUAUUUUUGCUGCAGUACACUCUUUCCAUCAGCUGAAAUUUGACCAAUGUCAGGCCUCCCCCAUACAUAUGGUGAAGCAAACCUGAGUCAAAAAAGCACAAGACCAUUUGUAUGUUAGUAUAUGGGCUUUGGAUAAGAUGUUGUGUGGUCUUUGUGCUCCUGGAAAUUGGUGCAUCUAAUUUAUAUAAAUAUUAUUACAACUACCUCUUCUAUAAAGCAACAUACAUAUUAAUUUGUAGUUGUAUUUAAAUCUAAAUUUUGUGUAUUGGUGACACAUAGUGCCAUUUUUGCAUUACUUUGUCCAUUUUGAUUACUAAUUCUAACAGAUUACUUCAAAAAAGAGUAAUUGCACAGACCUUGUAGCAUCACUUGCCAAUAAUGACAUUUAUGGUGACACCUCUGGUUAUUUAUUGGAAUUACACCUAUAGUGGUUUGCACAAUUGUUUUGUACAAAUGUAUAAAUUCUAUUAAAUGUACACUAUAUAUUAACAUUUGAUAUGUUUUUGUUUAAAAUGUUGUAAGGCAACACUGAUCGUUGUUUAAUUGUGUCUCCUUCUCAGAAGAUAUUUUUUUUAAAGAAAUUUAAAAACCCCUAGAAUUGCUACUGGAUAAAAAAUCCUUUCUUAUGGAAUCACAGAAAGGUACUUUCUUUUUUCAACCCAAUAGCUAUUGGCUGUUUUAAACUUUAAAUAUAUGAUAACCUGACUUAAAACAUGGUUGCCUUGUAAGCUCCCUUUUUUUAAUAUUUGUUUUUUUGAGUCAGCAGUUAUACUGACAGGUUCCAUUUCCAAUAAUUCCAUCGUGGUGUGAUUAAGUGCCUUGUACGAAAAAGAAGCCUUUCUGUUUGUCAUCUCCCAGCAUUAGUGAAAUAUAGCCCAACAAAUCCUUGCAUACUAAAUACAGAUUACUGGGUUUUUAUAGUUGAUAAGAAAAGUGGGAAAUAACCAAUUUUCCAGAGCUUUUUUCAAAUGUAUUUCUAAUCUAAUUUUUCUAACAUUGAUGCAGAGCUACUGACAACUGUACAUGAGAAUAAAUGCUUUUGUAUCAAGCUGAAA